AUGUUUCGACUUUUCGUGGGGAUCGUAAUACUUUCCGUGCUAAUCAACGCGGAACUGCGAAGAAUUCCGUCAUAUAAGAUAAACUUCACUCGAAGGUUGUUUUUCAGCGAUCGUCGACAGAAUUCAACUAAACAUGCUGGAGUUAUAACGCUACCUUUGCAUUAUGAUGGAAAUAAUGCAUAUUAUGGCAUUAUCACAAUUGGAACUCCACCACAAAAGCUUAAUGUACUUAUCGACAUUACUUUCCCAAAUUUCUGGGUACCAUCAAGAAAAUGCAGUUCUAAUAUUUGUUCGUUACAUAAUAGAUACGAUCACACUAAAUCCAGCACAUAUAUAUCAAAUAAUGAAUCUUUCAGUAUUAUAUAUGAAAAUAAGGAUAACAUAACGGGAUACUUCUCUACUGAUGUAGUAAAUAUUGCUGGAACUACAGUUUCAAAUCAAACAUUCGGAGAAGUAUAUGCAAUCGAAAUGAUUCGAUUCGACAAUGUAGAAUUCGAUGGUAUCUUGGGAAUGGGUUUCUCCUCAAUACACAGAUUUUCCCAAAUGUCUCUUGUUUUUAAAAAUAUGGUUGAACUAGGACUGUUGUCACGACCUGUUUUUGGCUUCUAUUUAAAACGGAAUCCCUCCAAACCGAAUAAUAAACUGAUAUUGGGUGGCUUAGCUGGUAGAAAGCUUUACAAAGGCAAAUUAACGUACGUUGACGUGAUCCGUGAAACAGUCUGGAAAUUUACUGUAGACCAAAUUGAAAUAGAAGAUGCAGUUUUAUGCAUGGAUGGCUGUCAAGCUGUUUUCGAUACGCUCACGCUCAAGAUAACUGGACCGUCACCAGAUAUUGCAAAUAUUCAUAGACUAAUCGGGGCUACUUAUAGUGAGGGAGAAAUGAUUGUGGACUGCGAAAAGAUUUCUAAUUUGCCCUACAUCUAUUUCUUCUUAGGUGGUAAACUAUUCGAACUCAAAGGUGAAGAUUAUAUUAUUAAGCUCAAACAAAUCAAUAAGCCAAAGUGUAUAAGCGCUUUUAAGAGUGAGAAUAUGGAAGCAAUGUGGAUUUUCGGUAAUGUAUUUCUUCAUCGUUACUAUGUCGAGUUUGACAUGGAAAGUUACCGAGUGGGAUUUGCUCCUGCAAUAUAA